CUGUUUCUUCCUGUUUGAGAAAAACUAUAAACAUGAUAGUCGUGACUGCGGAUUUAGACUUUGAUUAGUGUCUCCCUAUUUGGACUUCUAGUAUUGAUAAAACACUGUCAAGAUAUGAUGAGAUUUCGGGGUUUUGCUCUACUGUUCGUCGUACGGGCAUGUAUGUCAGUGUUGGUCACAAUAAAUGGGACGGAGGUGGACUGCGAAGGAACCUGCGCUUGUUGUAAUGGUGGAACGGAACGUUGUAGAAGCUUUGAUGCGUAUUGUCUUGACGGCUGUGUUGAUACUAUAACGGGUAAUAGCUGUAAAUCUCUAUGUAAGGAAAACUGUCUAAGAUGCGAGCAUGAAGAGGGCAGAAUAUGCUAUACCUGUAAGAAUUAUUUUUACGAGCUAAGCAGUUUUUGUACCAAGCAUUGUUCGGUCGGUUGUGACGGUGGAAUAUGUAACGAUAAUGGAACAUGUGGCAAUUGUCUCGCAAAUUUCGAAGGAAAUAAUUGUGAUACUUGCAUACAAGGAAAGUAUGGCCCAACUUGUCUAGAAGUUUGCGAUCACUUGAACUGUCGAUGUAUUGAACGUGAUAGAUGUGAUUCCUGCAAAGCGGGGUUCUAUGAUAUAAACACUUACUGUCAAACUCAAUGCUCUACUGGAUGCGUGAAUGCUGUUUGCAAUGGCGAUGGGAGUUGUUCGUGUCUCUCAGGAUUUAAAGGAAGUACAUGUAGUGAAUGUAUAUCAGGACGUCAUGGACAAAACUGCAACAAAUCGUGUUCCGCUGGAUGUGUAAAUGGACAAUGCUUACAAGAUGGUACCUGUUCAUGCUAUGACAGUUUCACAGGACCAACAUGCGAAACGUGUGUAAAUUGCAAAGAUGGCAAUUGCAGAAGUGGACUUGCAUGUAUUUCUGGUUGCAUUGAUGGCUUUUAUGGCCUCGAUUGUUCUAAAAGUUGUUUCUCCGUAAGUCUCGAUUGUGUAAGAUGCAACCAAACAGAUGGAAAAUGUCUUAAUUGUUUUGAAGGGCUUUAUCCGCAUGAACAUGGAAAUUGCAUGAGUUGCAAUAGAAACUGUAAAAAUGGAAAGUGCAAUUCAGAGACCGGUUCAUGUAUUGAUGGUUGUGAAGAAAUGUUUUGGGGAGACAAAUGUGAUAUUCCCUGCGAUUUAAAUUGUGAAACAUGUAAGCAAGAUUCAGGAAUAUGUGACGCAUGCGCAAACACAACAUUCCAUGGUGUUUAUUGUAACAAGACAUGUAGUUCUUCAUGCUUCGAACGAAAGUGCGAACGAGGUACAGGCCAUUGUUUCAAUGGUUGCUCGGGAGAUUUCUUUGGUAAUUCAUGUCAAACCAAAUGCCCUGUCAACUGUCUUCGAGCCGGUACAGAAACGAGCUGUUCUCCCGUUGGUUACUGUAAAUAUGGCUGCAUAGAUGGCUUUGAAGGAGCAGACUGUUCAGUUCCAGUAAUAUCACCGGACCCACCAGUAGCAGCUGUUGCGGGAGGUCUUAUUGGUGGUUUUGUUGUCAUCAUUGGCGUCGUUGUUGCAAUAGUUUUCGUUGUACUAAGAUCCAGCCGUCUGUCUGCUUCUAACAAAGGCAACACAAAUGGUAAAACAAGAGUUCCAGCUAACAUGACCGACGAAAGGGCAAAGCAACGUUCAUCUAACUCACCGGGACAAGACUAUGAGCAUUUGGACCGGGACCAAAGAAGAACGAGUCAGGAACAGAGGGUGUACGAAAUGUUGGAAAUCACUCCUGACAAACAAGAUCCGGCGAGGGCUCGCAGAGAGGAAGGCGAUAGGAAUUAUGAGUCCAUCCAUGAUUACUACAAUGCUCGGAUCUAGAAAAGCACCCUUGUAGAUCUAGGAACAGUCAUUUGAUAGGAAUGAACUCCUGCUUUGGUGUUAUAUGACCUGAAAUACAAUUAGUGAUAUUUAACCUAAAAAAAAUAAUUCUUCAGAUUUAUCAAAGGGGUCACUCCUACCAACGAUCUAGCAUGAUAUAACUAUGAAUUACUGCAGUAUAACAAUGUCAGAAUCUCUCGAAAGGCCUAAAUAGCUAAAAGACCACAAUUAGUGGAACGGUAUAAUACAGAAAUCUUUCCCUGACGAUGCAAUCAUAGGCAAUGUUAUACUUCAAAGGAAUGACCUUCUUUCUUCGCUUAUUCACCGCAUUAUUAUCUCCCUUACCCGUCUUUAUUUGUCUUAAUGCGUUCUUGCUAUUGAAAUUCACACACAAAAUUACACAAACAUAACUUUCAAGACCGCGUUUAUACCAACAUUUUCAUAUUUAUUAGCAACUAGAAGGAGUAACAGAAGAGAUAAGUAUUUGUCGAAAGUAAAUCAUUCAAUGUAUAUCAGACAUACUUACUAAUUGAUAUAUUUCUAUUUUAACGCUCUAAGAUGUUGUUUAAAGUUUGUAUCUCUUCUUUUGUAAUAUAUAUUUGAAUAAAUAUUUUU